UCACCGUCUUGCAAAGAAGCAAGCUCCACUAAGUAUUCAAAAAAUGGCUUAUCACAAAACCCUCCCCAUAUUCUUUUUCUUUGCAUUUCUGACCAUUUACUUUGUGAUCACAGCAGAAGCAGCUUCGUUCCAAGUGAGGAACAAUUGUCCAUAUGUUGUUUGGGCGGCCGCAUAUGCUCCAGGGAAACCUGGUGGUGGAAAGCGGCUCAACCGAGGCGAUAUAUGGAUCGUUGUUAGUGAUCCAGGGACCAUCCAAGCUCGGAUUUGGGGUCGUACCAAUUGCAAUUUCGAUGCCUCUGGAAGAGGUCGAUGCCAAACUGGAGACUGUAAUGGUCUUCUUGAAUGCAAAUCUUAUGGAAGAGCACCAAAUACUUUGGCCGAAUACGCUCUCAAACAAUAUGCAAACCAAGAUUUCAUCGAUAUUUCGGUGAUCGAUGGGUUCAAUAUUCCAAUGGAGUUUAGUUCUGCAUCUGGACAAUGUAGUCGUGUUAUUAGGUGUACAGGAGAUAUCAUAGGACAAUGUCCUGGCCAACUAAGAAUGGAUGGUGCUUGCAACGGACCGUGUCCAAUGCUUAAGACGGAGGAACAUUGUUGCAACUCCGGUAAUUGUGGACCAACACCACUCUCUAUGUUCUUCAAGCAACGUUGUCCUGAUGCCUAUAGUUACCCUAAAGAUGAUCCUACAAGUCUCUUCACUUGCACCUCCGGAACAAACUACAAUGUCAUUUUCUGUCCAUGAAUGAAAAUGUUAGUCAAUGCAUCUAUAGAAGCAAACAAAACCAAAUAAUAAUCAAUAUAUAAAUAAUUACUUGCUCUGAAUAAAAUCGAUGUAUGUUUCAUCUGGUU